AUGCUCAACACACGCCCCAUCCGCAUCGGUAAUGUCUCCGGUGCAACCGGCGACCACCCCCAGGCAAUGUUGCGAAUGGCGCAGCACGGUAACGUCGAUGUCAUCGUCGGAGACUGGUUAUCGGAAAUGAAUAUUGCAUGGAAUGCGAUAACCAAAUCACAAGACCCGGAUUUGGGAUAUGAGCCUGGGUUUCUCGCCCAGUUAAGCGACUGCCUAGAUAUCGUUGUAGCAAAGGAUAUAAAAGUCGUCGCGAACGCUGGGGCGUUGAACACGUCAUCCCUUAUGCAGAAGGUUUGCGCACUAUGCAAAGAGAGAGGGCAUAGCAAAGUCAUAGUGGCUUCAGUACUAGGAGACGAUAUCUCGGAGCCAAUCCAGAAGAAGGAGCCUGGUUUCCAGGACUUACAUCAUCUGGACCACGACGAGUGGAAACUGAAGGAUUGGCCAUUGAAGCCACACUGUGCUGUGGCAUACAUUGGGGCUUGGGGUAUUGUGGAAGCUCUAAAUGCAGGCGCUGACAUUGUCAUAUGUGGUCGUGUCACUGAUGCUUCGCCAGUUAUUAGCGCCGCGGCGUGGUGGUAUAGGUGGCAGCGAGACGCUUGGGAUGAGCUUGCCGGUGCACUGGUUGCUGGACACCUCAUUGAGUGUGGUCCGUAUGUGACAGGUGCCAACUUCUCCGGCUUCAAGCCCUUGCUUCCCAACCUUGUCGACCUUUCCUUCCCCAUCGCUGAAAUCAGUCCUGAUGGCAGUUGCAUAAUCACUAAGUGUGAAGCCUACGGUGGAGCAGUGACUAAGUUCAACACCAUCGCCCAGCUACUUUACGAGCUACAAGGGGAGUUAUAUCUCAAUCCAGACGUCGCAACCGACCUGCGAAAUGUAUCCGUAGACGAGAUCGGCCCUGGUCGCGUCAGGGUUUAUGGUGCCAUUGGACAACCGCCACCACCGACGACAAAAGCCAUGAUAGCAGCGCCGGGAGGCUAUCAAGCAGAAGCGAUAUUCUACAUCAAUGGUCUGGACGUGAACGAGAAAGCAGAGAUGCUUCGAAAUCAACUUGAUCACGCUCUCCGUGGUAACGGCUUUUGCAAAUUAUCCAUUGAACUCUACGGCUCACCUGCCAUCAACCCGUCUAGUCAACAGGCGGGAACAGUAUUUCUACGUAUAUUUACACAAGCGAGGAAUAUUGAGGACAUCUCAGCAGAGAGAUUCAAGACACUGAUAUAUGCCCUGCGGAUGCAAAGCUACCCAGGAUAUCACAUGAAUCUUGACUUUCGGAUGAUGGAUGCAAAACCAUUCAUGGAGGUCUUUCCAGCAGUUAUUCCGCUUGACCUUCUAUAUCAUCGAAUCAUUCUCUCCAAUGGCAUACAACAGGGUGCACCGUCUGCUCCAGUCACAAGAAUAUACCCGAUCCAGAGACCUUCCUACGAGACCAAGAUUCCCAUACCUUUGAGUCAGUUCGGCGCGAAGGAGGCCGCCCCGUUGGGUAGUAUAGUUCACGCCCGCUCAGGAGACAAAGGGGAUAAUUUUAACUUGGGCUUCUUUGUCCGAAACUCUGACGAGUACCCGUGGCUGCAAUCAUUCUUAACAGUGGAUCGAUUCAAAGAGCUACUUGGGGAUGACUGGCCAAAAAGAGAGAAUGAGCCUCGAGCGGAACGAUGCGAGUUUCCAAAACUGUUAGCUGUUCACUUCAGAGUUCUAGACUUCUUAGAUGGUGGCAUUGCUAGUUCUAGUCGGAUUGAUGGGCUGGGCAAAGGGAUAGGGGAAUACUUAAGAAGUCGCGUGGUGGACAUUCCGAAGAAGUUUUUAGAAAGAGGUAAUGCCGGAGCCUCAGAAGAGGCAGUAGUAAGAGGUGAAACCGGUUGA